AUAGAAGGCUAGUCCAUGGAGUCAGAGACAACCAAUCAACAAUCGCAGAGGGACGGACCUGCUGUGAAAAUAUUAAACUGUGUGAACAACCUGCCGCGGCGACGAAGAGGACAAGACAGGCAACGCACGCGUAGUAGACUACAGCAUCACUUACUAUAUCAUUCGAGCCCCCUCGUGUGGACGAUGCUGGCUCUCGGACUCCUGCCCCUGCUGCUGCUGCAGGUGUGCCAUGGUUGGGCGAUGGACGUUCCCGAGGACGUGACCGCCGAGUUCUCUGUUAGACUGUACCACCAGCUGCAGGCGAUGGGGGGAGACGACAACAUCAUCUUCUCCCCCCUAAGCGUGGCACUGGGCCUGGGCAUGGUGCAGCUGGGGGCCCGGGGAGCCUCCCUGGCUGAGAUCCGACAGGCCAUGGGUUACAGCCACUUCAGAGAUGAUGAGGAGCUGUCCCUCCUGCGGAACCUGACCCAGGCGCUGUCGGCCCGUGAGGAGCAGUACGUGCUGAAGCUGGCCAACUCCCUCUUCCUGCAGCAGGGCGUCCACUUCAACCCGGACUUCCUGCACCUCAUGAAGAAGUACUUCCGGGCCGAGGUGGAGACGGUGGACUUCAGCGAGUCGGCGGCCGUGGCCGAGCGCAUCAACGGCUGGGUGGAGAACCACACCGAGAGUAAGAUCAAGGAGCUGCUGUCGGCAGACGACUUCAGCAGCGUGACGCGGCUGACGCUGGUCAACGCUGUCUACUUCCGAGGCAGCUGGAAGAACCAGUUCCGGCCGGAGAACACACGCACCUUCUCCUUCAGCAAGGAUGACGGCAGCGAGGUCCAGACCCUCAUGAUGUACCAGCAAGGGGACUUCUACUACGGCGAGUUCAGUGACGGCAGCACGGAGGCUGGCGGCGUGUACCAGGUGCUGGAGAUGCCCUACGAGGGCGAGGACAUGGGCAUGAUGAUCGUGCUGCCCAGGCAGGAGGUGCCCCUGGCCACCCUGGAGCCCAUCAUCAAAGCCCCUCUGCUGGAAGAGUGGGCCAACAACGUCAAGAGGCAGAAGGUGGAGAUCUACCUGCCCAGAUUCAAGGUGGAGCAAAAGAUUGACCUGAGGGACACACUGCAAGAAUUGGGCAUCCAGAACAUUUUCACCAAGGAUGCAGACCUCUCUGGCAUUACCACUGACAUGGCUGGUGGGAAGGAUCUGUUUGUGGGGAAGGCCGUGCAGAAGGCGUACCUGGAGGUGUCCGAGGAAGGGGCUGAGGGUGCUGCUGGGUCAGGUAUGAUUGCGCUCACAAGGAAUCUAGUGCUAUAUCCCCAGGUUAUGGCAGACCAUCCAUUCUUCUUCAUCAUCAGAAGCAGAAAGACAGGCUCCAUUGUUUUCAUGGGUAGAGUCAUGAGCCCUGAGGUCAUCGAAUCCAGCAUCCAGGACUUCGAUUCUGUCUAACCUCCCUGGUUUAAACCUAACAUGUUGAUUGUGUUCGUACUGUAAAGAGUCUCAGAGCCUCAAAAGCACUCCACCUCACGACACACAGUAGUCUCUCUCUCUGUCAUCACUUGCCAUGGUUUUAUAACCUUAUCACAACACAUACAAUAUACUCUAUAACAUGAUAAACGUGAUGGUGGUUUGAUAUGCCGAGAUUUACCCGAUGGGGGAUGGAGAGUGCUGUAAAUAUACUGUAUGGAUGAGGUGAAGGCCGCGGUGACCUUGAGCAGUGAGGGAGCAGGACACAACAUAUCCAUCCAUGGAUUAACCUCCAUCUCUGUGUUUCAGUAGGAGCCUCACAGGCCAGGCACUCACAUACUCUGCAACAACUCAUUUUUUUUCUUGUAUAUUUGCUACUGUAUCAGGUAGAGGUCGUAGAUAUUUAUUGUGAAAUUAUUAAAAACAGAUGUGAGCAGUAUUCUAAUUAAUCACUUUUUGGAAUCUCUAAUUAAAUUGAAACUUUCUCUUUCUCUUUUUCUCUCUCUCUCUCUCUUUUCUUCUCUUCAUUUCUUUUAGUACAGUUAAACUGAGAUAUAUGCCUUAUGAGUUUCUGCUGCAGCGUGUACAGGUCAAUAAAGAGGUCAUCAUGCCAACGUGGCAUUUCAUGUACAGGGAUUUCAAAAAAGAACUAAGAGCACCAGCUGUAUUCACUCUUUUGAGAAAUAAACAUGAAUGUGUAGACACCCA